CUCCUAAAAAAAAAGGUUUAAAAAGAAAAAGCGGGGAAAACUCGUUCCCCUCUCCACCGCCGGAGAUGGCGACCCAACCCCGAGCCGGCGACGGCGCGGCGGCGGCGGCGGCGGCGAAGGAGGCCCCCGCCGUGUCCUACUUGCAGGCCUGCGUCGAGCUCGACGACUGGUGGCUGGAGAGGGUUGAAGGCGAGGAAGGCAAGGUCCGCGUCGUCGGCUCCAACACCACGACGAGUCGAGCUGGUAGAAGAUUCACUUCUGCUUCCAUUAAAACACGGCAUGCUAGUGGUGACCUUGAGACUGAAGAUGGUAUCAUCAUAAUGAUUGCACGUCCACCGAACAUUUCUAAAAUGCAUCUGAAUGGAUUUCCUGACGAGGUGUCCAAACACUUCUCACUUGGCUUUCCGGUUCAAUGGGAGAAUAUUAUUAAUGCAAACAUGGCAGAGAUGAACAAGCAGCCGCAAUCUCCACUAAAAUCUACUGAAUAUUAUAUAGAAAAGUUUUUGCGGGGAAACUUAAAAUAUUCAAUGGGACUUUUCUCUUGGGAUGGUCUCAACAUAUAUCAGGGGUCUAGAAGUGAUGCAGACAGAUUUCCUAGCGAGAGGCUUUCUAAUUCUUCUAAUGGAAGACCUACUGUUGAGGAUCCUACUGCAAAUACAGAUUGUAAUGUUAAUUUCAUGGGCACAUUGGCCACUUCUGAGGAGUUUUGCACUGGCAGAAUGGACAUGCCUGAAGAACCUCGUGCAACCCCUAGUGAAACAUGUGGUAAUGAUCAAGAAAAUAACCAGCAUUUAUGUAUGCUCAUGAAUACAUGUGAGAAUGGGAAUAAAGUUCAGCAUGGAACAUCAAGUGUAGGACCAUCUGUAGUUCCUGCAGAAAAGUAUGUGAGGAGUAAGGCAGAGCAGGAUGCUUUAUUAGUUAAUGAUAGUACAAGUCAUGUAUCCUCUGUCUUAGGAGAUUGUGCAACACCAAAAUGUGGCAAAUCCUUAACACACCUGGGUACUAAGGAUGCAUUAGAAACAAAUGAAGGGAUGAAUCCACAGUUUGGUGUUCCUCAAGGCUCAGAAGGCAGUACAGUCAGGCGAUUACGGAAUGGCAAAGUGAUCGUAAUUUCAACUAGUGCUUCAACAAAAAAGGUCUACAAGAGGGCGAGGAUGCAAGACAAUACAUUCUCUGAGAACGUUAUACCAAAUAAAAAUGUCACAUGUCCCACAGGCCUUAUUUCUCAGGAAAAUGUUGGCUCAGUUGCUGUGACUGCUGCUGCUAAGCUGCAAAUACAUGAUACGCCCCGUAAAGGAAGAAGAGGACGUCUGCGAAAGAGCGAAAAGAGGAAGAGAUCUUGAGCAUUCUGCCUGAAUCGUGGGGUACUUUGGCUGCAGUACUGCCCCAAUCUUUGAAUCAGUAUUGGAGAACGCUACCAGACAUCAAGUGCAGGAUGAAUGGUGGAUAAUGUUCUGUAUAACCUAGGAGUUCUUUUGCACACAAACCUUUUAUAUCUAGACUGCACUGGUACUGGAAAUCAGGCUACUGUUGUACUGGAUGCCUGAAACGUGUACAUAAUCAGCAGCUGAUGUCUCACUCUGAUACUUCUGUAGUAUAGGUUGACUAAAAUGUAGCAGUUAUAUAUUGUAGAACAGCUUUAUGCAAUGGGUUGUUGACAGUUGACACCUUAAGCUAAGUUGGAAUGCCAUCAUGAAUCAUGAGAUGUGCACUCUUGU